AUUUCAUAUUAAUUUAGCAAUGUAAACUUGCCAUUUUUAACCAAACGAAUUAUUAAUAAUUUUAUUUGUGUUUACUCUUAUGACAUUAUUAAUUAUUAUUACUUCUAAGAGUACUAGUCAUAUAAAAAUAUUGUGAUAGUAAUGGCAUAUUGUCCAGUCCUGUUAGUUUUUAUUUUAGCAUUCGUUUGUGUAAGCACUGAAGAUGAACCUGUUCCCUCACAGAUGACAAAAGCAGAGAGGAUUCAACUAAGGGAGGAGGCAAGAAGCAUGUUCUACCAUGCUUACGAUGCCUACAUGGAUAAUGCAUAUCCAGCGGAUGAGUUGAUGCCGCUCAGCUGUAAGGGUCGAUGGCGAGGAGUUACGCCCAGUCGGGGAGAUAUGGAUGAUGUACUUGGAAAUUUCUCGCUGACAUUGGUGGACAGUUUGGACACGUUGGUGGUGAUGGGUGAUUUCUCCGAGUUCAACCGUGCGGUGAGGCUCGUGUUGCGUGACGUCAGCUUCGACCAUGACAUCAUCGUCUCUGUCUUCGAGACCAACAUACGGAUGCUCGGGGGUUUGUUGUCCGCUCACGUGUUAGCGACUGCGUUGCGAAGCGAAGUGCCCAUAUUGCGCUGGUAUGAUGGACAGCUGCUAGCUUUGGCCGCGGACCUGGGCCGGAGGCUGCUACCUGCAUUUAACACCUCCACUGGCAUACCGCAUGGACGGGUGAAUCUCCGACAUGGUCUCCGGGGCCUCUCGGAAUCCAGGGAGACAUGCACGGCGUGUGCAGGUACCAUGAUCUUGGAGAUGGCGGCACUUUCCCGUCUCACCGGAGAUCCAGUCUUCGAGCAGAAGGCGCAUCGGGCCAUGGAUAGACUCUGGAUGAUCAGGCACAGGACAUCCGACCUGAUGGGUACAGUGAUCAACAUCCACUCUGGUGAUUGGGUGCGCAAGGACUCUGGUGUUGGUGCAGGCAUCGACUCCUACUACGAGUACUGCCUCAAAGCUUACAUAUUGUUGGGUGAUGAGAAGUACCUCGCACGAUUCACUCGUCACUACAACGCUGUCAUGAAGUACAUCAGCAGACCUCCGGUCAUGCUCGCAGUGCAUAUGCACAGGCCUCACCUGCAGUCGCGCAACUUUAUGGACGCGCUGCUGGCGUUCUGGCCGGGGCUCCAGGUGCUGCUGGGGGACGUGCGCCCCGCCGUCGAGACACACGAGAUGCUCUACCAGGUCAUGCAGCGCCACACGUUCAUACCUGAAGCGUUCACAUCGGAUCUCCAGGUGCAUUGGGGCCAGCACCCUUUGCGUCCGGAGUUCCUGGAGUCGACGUACUUCCUCCACCGAGCGACCGGCGACGACCACUACCUGCACGUGGGCAAGAGCGUGCUGCGCGCGCUGCAGCGGCACACGCGCGUGCCCUGCGGGUACGCGGCCGUCAACGACGUGCGCACGCGCGUCCACGAGGACCGCAUGGACUCCUUCGUGCUCGCGGAGACCUUCAAGUACCUGUACAUGCUGUUCGGCGAGGACCGCGACCUGCCGGUGCACCUCGAGGACUACGUGCUCACCACAGAGGCGCACUUCCUGCCCCUCGCCCUCGCCACCGACGGACUCGACUCCACCCUCGCGCUCAACAUCGACGACCAAGACGAGGACAAAUACGUAAAGACUUGCCCGAGCACGUGGUCGCUGGAGGCGUCGAGCGUGCGCCGGCCGCUGCGCACUCUGCUGGGCGGCGCCGGGCGGCCCCCGGCGCGCCCUCGCCCCCUCACCGACCCGCGCCAGCUGCUCGCCCUCGCCGACAUGGGCAUCUCCGUCCUCACAUUGCCCGACGGCCGCGUGCAGCUGCUCUACACAGUCGCCACGGCGAAAUCAUCAAAGGAGGCGUCGGAGGGUAUGACGUUCAUGCGUGAGAUGUCCAAGUGGAACACGCUGAGCGACACCGAGAACGGUGUGGUGGCGGCGGGCGUGGCGACGUCGGAGCGCGUGCUGGCCGCCGGGCCCGCGCACUUCGGCCGGCAGGUGACGGGCGGCGAGCGGCUGCGCGGCGUACCCCUGCUCGCCGAGCCCCCGGAGGCGUGCUCGGCGCUCGCCAACGCGCCCGCGCUCGCCGGCAUGUUCGGUGUGGCGCGUCGCGGCCAGUGUACGUUCGCCCAGAAGGCGCGCAACCUGCAGGCCGCCGGCGCCCGCCUCGCCAUCGUGCUCGACAACAUCGACGGCACCUCCUACGGCUCCACCGCACUCUUCGCCAUGUCCGGGGACGGCAUCGACGACAUACAAAUCCCGACGGUCUUCCUCUUCUCGCAGGAGGCAGAUCAUCUGCUGGACCGAAUGAAGUCUGAUCCCGAGAUGGUGGUGUCCGUGGGGGAGUUGGAGUCGCUGAAGCGACUGGAGAGUUGCUCGGAGGGCGCGUGCGAGGCGCUGCUGCAGCCGGCCGGCGCGCCUCCCCACGCGCCUCCCCACGCGCACACCUUCGACCACCUCAAGAGCGUGCUGAGCCAGCUGGUGGCGCAGUUCGAGUUGUCGCUGGCGGGCGAGGAGGCGGGCGAGGAGGCGGCCGAGCCGUGCGCCGACGGCGACUCCUCGGACCUGUACGUCACCAAAACCAAGUUCGUGAACGACGAAAGCCGCGCCGAAGCGCUGCACAAUAAUUGCUCGGGCGAGGGGAGCUGUGCCGGCACGACGGAGGAUAGCCAAGGAGAUGAAGGCGCGCAGGGACAAGGCGAAGGCGAUGACGAGGGGUUCUGACGUCGGCAGGCGUCCGGGUGGGCGCGGCUGAGCGCCUGCGAGCCCGACCUCUGCGCCCUGUUGUGGAUGAAAACGAACACUAAGUCCAGUCUACGUGCCUUUUACGAAUGUUUUCCGCACUACCUGCUCUAGACAUGCAAUCAAUACUUACUUUUACAUUCGUAAUCCAUUGAAAAUUAUAAUGUAAAUUUUUAUCAUUUAAAAUAAAAUAGUAAUAUAUACAUUGACAUCGGUUCAUAGUGGUCAUGAUGUGUUGUGAAAUUGUAAAAGUGUCAACAUGUGGUGUGCAGAGUAUGCGGUGUGGCUUUUGUGAUAUAUAUGACAGGGGGAAGCAGGGAGAGGCAGGCGCUCUUGUACAUAGUUGAUCUCUGCUUUCCAUCCUAACAUGUAAUAUUUGAUGUGGAAAUUGAAGACAAUAAUUAACAUAACUACAGACCCAAUACAUUAAACUUCAUCCAAACACAAUCAUGAAUUUCAUACGAGACAGUCAUUUCAUAUGCACAUCAAUACAAAUAGUUUAUUUCAUGUAUAUAUUAUUACUGGUAUUACAUUGACAGUAGUAACAGAUAGGUUUACUCUUUUAUAAAAAAAAAAACACUAAAGAAAUACAUAGGUUAUAUAAAUAAAAUA